CUACCUGCAAAGGUUGAACUGAACUUUAGCACCCUGCUUCCCAGCUCGCGCUCAAGUUCUUCGAACAACACCGCCGCCAUUCACGGCCUAGACUUUCCAGUCUUCACCACGGAUUCACAUCAGUCACCAUGGCUUCCCUCCAGUUCCUCGAGCCUGCCGGCAACAUCCGCGCAACAACAGCAACAACAGCAUCUACAGCUUCAUCAACAGGACUUCGUCUUGUUCGAUCAGCCGAUCAAGCAACGUCAACAUAAUCGCCGUAUCCAGCAACCUUCCGCCACAGGAGGUGUAAAUCAAACUCAGCAACAUCGUAACCACCCGUUGUUUCCGCAACAACCGGUACCGACAUCGCCAUCACUGCAAAACCAGCGAGUUGCUAGCAUCAUCCAGGCUACUGGGCACCAAGCGACUUCUUCGGCUUUCACCAAUCGGUUUAGUUCUACCACGCAGAACCCAAAUCAGUUCUACGCUUCAUCCGCUCCAUCAUCGACAGCCGCUUUGAACCUUCAGAAGCAGAACCGGCCUUCACGCCCGCCUGUCCCUCUGUUUUCCCAAAGUACCGGUAACAUCCAGCGGGGCAAGAUGAACAUUCAAGGUAAACACCACCCUGCUCUGCAUCUCCUUCACACCGGGCAGCGCAGCUCAUAUCUUCGCUCAGAUCUUGACUUGGAAGAAUUCACCGCCUUUGAGGGCGGUGCUUCCACCACGGCGUACUCCUCGCCCGCUAUGCCGAGCGUCUUCGACUUGAGCGGCAGCGUUUCGAGCGCGGCAACCAACAUCGGAACGAUCUCGCCUCAGGAUCUUCUGAUCCAGGAGCCGUUCAUGUCGGCGCCCAACUCUACGGCUCUCACGGCCUUGACCUCGCCGUCCAUCUACAACGAGUCUCCCGAGUUCGGCGACACUUACGAUGUCUCCCCCAGCUUUGGCAGCGGCGAUUUUGACAAUGGCUCCACCGACGCUUGGUUCCCUCUCUUCCCCCAGGCGAACCCCCGUCCGGAGGCCGCGGAGAUGCCCGUCGAGGCUGAAGACUCGCCAUCGACCAAGUCGGAUGACCUUGAGGUGGCCUCAGCUUUGGGCCACCGUCGCAAGUCCUCGGGCGCUUCCCCUUCCAGCCGUCCGUCUUCCAUUGCUGGCGUCAACUCGCGCCGUCGUGAUAAGCCUCUUCCUCCUAUCAUUGUUGAGGAUCCUUCCGACGUCAUCGCCAUGAAGCGUGCGCGCAACACCUUGGCUGCUCGGAAGUCGCGCGAGCGCAAGGCUCAGCGUCUCGACGAGCUGGAGGAGAAGAUCUCGAAGUUGACGGCUGAGCGUGACCACUGGAAGAACCUUGCUCUCGCUCACGGAGCGAAGGAGUGA